GUAGACGCUGAGACGCUGACGCGUGCGCAACAGAGAAUACGAUUCAACAAAAUGGCGUUUAUGAAGAUUUGCAUAUUUGCAUUGCUCAUGGGCACUGCCUUGGCUCAGCAGCGCGAUCGUGGCAAUUUCCGUGUGGGUGCUGGACAUCCGCCAUCGCAGCGUCACUUGCCAAAAAGGCCACGUGAUCCUGUCCAGGUGGCUGCAGAGACGCCCAAGCGCAAGCAGCAGGCCGAACCCGAAUAUGAGCCCUCAGAGGAAUGUCCAGAGGCAAAUGGCUUCUAUCCGGAUGGCAAGCAAUGUGAUAAAUAUUAUGCGUGUCUAGAUGGUGUGCCGACGGAACGCCUUUGUGCUGAUGGCAUGGUCUUCAAUGAUUACUCACCCAUCGAGGAAAAAUGCGAUUUGCCCUACAAUAUUGAUUGCAGCAAGCGCUCAAAGCUGCAGGAGCCGCAGCCUUCGCAGCACUGUCCACGCAAAAAUGGUUACUUUGGGCAUGAGAAGCCCGGCAUUUGCGACAAGUUCUACUUCUGCGUGGAUGGUCAGUUCAAUAUGAUCAACUGUCCAGCUGGCUUGGUCUUUAAUCCAAAAACUGGCAUUUGCACCUGGCCCGAUGAGGUGGGCGUCGCUGGCUGCAAGUCGGAGGAUGUCUUCAACUUUGAGUGCCCCAAGGUGAAUGAGAGCAUCGCCGUAACGCAUCCACGCUAUGCCGAUCCCGAUGACUGCCAGUUCUUCUAUGUGUGCGUCAAUGGAGAUGUGCCCAGACGCAAUGGCUGCAAGCUGGGACAGGUGUUUGAUGAGUCCAAAUUGAUGUGCGACUGGGCACGCCGAGUACCUGAAUGCGCUGACUGGUACAAGGAUCGUUUGACUGACGCUGAGCUGGAUGAACUGGAGAAUCCCAAGCCAAAGGCCACCACUACCAAGAAGCCAGCCCGUGUGCGUGGCGCCUCACGACGCAAGCCACAGCCUAAGCAGGCCGAGGCAGAGGAGGAGUAGUGGUGGUGGUGGUAUAGUAAGCUGCUUCAGCUUGCCUGUCGACUGUUUAGUUGCUAAGUUUUAUCUUUGCUUAAAACAAAUAUAUGUGUACGAAAUUCAACAGAAUUUCAUUUAUAUAA